GCCGCCUGCCUGGGCCAGCCAGGCCCACACCCUCCCCAGACCCUAUAAGGCCUGGGAAUUGGGAGCCCAGGCGCUGCCAGCAGCCGCCCUGCUCUGAGGGACCCCGAAUGGUCCAGGUGAGUCCAACUGCUGUGUCACCCAGCGACUGCCACCUCCAGCCCCGUGGGCUGCCAUCAUGUCGGCUUCAGGAGAUGGGACUAGAGGUUCCCCCAAAUCAAAAGGCAAGACCCUGAGAAGUUUCUUCGGGUCCCUGCCUGGCUUCAGCUCUGCCUGGAACCCGGUGUCCCACACUAAGUGCUCCACAAAGGAUGUACAAACAGCAGUAGACCCCUCAGGGACUCCUGUCCCUCCAUCUCCAGUGGCUACCAACCCACAGAUGGCAAGAGAUGCAUCAGGGCUGCUCCAGCUUUCUGAACAGACAGCUGGGGACAAGAACAUGGGAAGCAUUGGUGCGACCAGCAGCCAAGAUGCCUUCUACUCUGGGGUGGCUGGGAUCAUGGAUGCUGCAAAAGGAAAAGUUCAGGGUAGCCUGAGUGCCACCCAGUUGGCUCUUGUGGGCACUAAGGAGACAGUGUCUGGAGGUGUCAUGGGAGCAGUGGACAUGGCCAAAGGUCUUGUCAAGGGAGGCCUGGACACCAGCAAGAGUGUACUCAUGGGCACCAAGGACACGGUGACCACAGGGCUCACUGGGGCCGUGAACAUGGCUAAAGGAACUGUGCAGACAGGCCUGGACACCAGCAAGAGUGUACUCAUGGGCACCAAGGACACGGUGACCACAGGGCUCACAGGGACUAUGAAUUUGGCUAAAGGAACUGUGCAGACGGGCCUGGACACCAGCAAGUCUGUGCUCAUGGGCACCAAGGACACGGUGACCACAGGACUCACAGGGGCCGUGAACAUGGCUAAAGGAACUGUGCAGACGGGCCUGGACACCAGCAAGUCUGUGCUCAUGGGCACCAAGGACACGGUGACCACAGGACUCACAGGGACUAUGAAUUUGGCUAAAGGAAGUGUGCAGACGGGCCUGGACACCAGCAAGUCUGUGCUCAUGGGCACCAAGGACAUGGUGACCACAGGGCUCACAGGGGCCGUGAACUUGGCUAAAGGAAGUGUGCAGACGGGCCUGGACACCAGCAAGUCUGUGCUCAUGGGCACCAAGGACACGGUGACCACAGGGCUCACAGGGACUAUGAAUUUGGCUAAAGGAAGUGUGCAGACGGGCCUGGACACCAGCAAGAGUGUACUCAUGGGCACCAAGGACACGGUGGCCACAGGGCUCACAGGGGCCGUGAACAUGGCUAAAGGAACUGUGCAGACCGGCCUGGACACCAGCAAGUCUGUGCUCAUGGGCACCAAGGACAUGGUGACCACAGGGCUCACAGGGGCCGUGAACUUGGCUAAAGGAAGUGUGCAGACGGGCCUGGACACCAGCAAGUCUGUGCUCAUGGGCACCAAGGACACGGUGACCACAGGACUCACAGGGGCCGUGAACAUGGCUAAAGGAACUGUGCAGACGGGCCUGGACACCAGCAAGUCUGUGCUCAUGGGCACCAAGGACACGGUGACCACAGGACUCACAGGGACUAUGAAUUUGGCUAAAGGAAGUGUGCAGACGGGCCUGGACACCAGCAAGUCUGUGCUCAUGGGCACCAAGGACAUGGUGACCACAGGGCUCACAGGGGCCGUGAACUUGGCUAAAGGAAGUGUGCAGACGGGCCUGGACACCAGCAAGUCUGUGCUCAUGGGCACCAAGGACACGGUGACCACAGGGCUCACAGGGACUAUGAAUUUGGCUAAAGGAAGUGUGCAGACGGGCCUGGACACCAGCAAGAGUGUACUCAUGGGCACCAAGGACACGGUGGCCACAGGGCUCACAGGGGCCGUGAACAUGGCUAAAGGAACUGUGCAGACCGGCCUGGACACCAGCAAGUCUGUGCUCAUGGGCACCAAGGACAUGGUGACCACAGGGCUCACAGGGGCCGUGAACUUGGCUAAAGGAAGUGUGCAGACGGGCCUGGACACCAGCAAGUCUGUGCUCAUGGGCACCAAGGACACGGUGACCACAGGGCUCACAGGGACUAUGAAUUUGGCUAAAGGAAGUGUGCAGACGGGCCUGGACACCAGCAAGUCUGUGCUCAUGGGCACCAAGGACACGGUGGCCACAGGGCUCACAGGGGCCGUGAACAUGGCUAAAGGAACUGUGCAGACGGGCCUGGACACCAGCAAGUCUGUGCUCAUGGGCACCAAGGACACGGUGACCACAGGACUCACAGGGACUAUGAAUUUGGCUAAAGGAACUGUGCAGAUGGGCCUGGACACCAGCAAGUCUGUGCUCAUGGGCACCAAGGACACGGUGACCACAGGGCUCACAGGGGCCGUGAACAUGGCUAAAGGAACUGUGCAGACGGGCCUGGACACCAGCAAGAGUGUACUCAUGGGCACCAAGGACACGGUGACCACAGGGCUCACAGGGACUAUGAAUUUGGCUAAAGGAACUGUGCAGACGGGCCUGGACACCAGCAAGAGUGUACUCAUGGGCACCAAGGACACGGUGGCCACAGGACUCACAGGGGCCGUGAACAUGGCUAAAGGAACUGUGCAGAUGGGCCUGGACACCAGCAAGUCUGUGCUCAUGGGCACCAAGGACACGGUGACCACAGGGCUCACAGGGGCCGUGAAUUUGGCUAAAGGAAGUGUGCAGACGGGCCUGGACACCAGCAAGUCUGUGCUCAUGGGCACCAAGGACACGGUGGCCACAGGACUCACAGGGACUAUGAAUUUGGCUAAAGGAACUGUGCAGAUGGGCCUGGACACCAGCAAGUCUGUGCUCAUGGGCACCAAGGACACGGUGACCACAGGGCUCACAGGGGCCGUGAACAUGGCUAAAGGAACUGUGCAGAUGGGCCUGGACACCAGCAAGUCUGUGCUCAUGGGCACCAAGGACACGGUGACCACAGGACUCACAGGGACUAUGAAUUUGGCUAAAGGAACUGUGCAGAUGGGCCUGGACACCAGCAAGAGUGUACUCAUGGGCACCAAGGACACGGUGGCCACAGGGCUCACAGGGACUAUGAAUUUGGCUAAAGGAACUGUGCAGACGGGCCUGGACACCAGCAAGAGUGUACUCAUGGGCACCAAGGACACGGUGGCCACAGGACUCACAGGGGCCGUGAACAUGGCUAAAGGAACUGUGCAGAUGGGCCUGGACACCAGCAAGUCUGUGCUCAUGGGCACCAAGGACACGGUGGCCACAGGGCUCACUGGGGCUGUGAACAUGGCUAAAGGAACUGUGCAGACGGGCCUGGACACCAGCAAGAGUGUCCUCAUGGGCACCAAGGACACGGUGACCACAGGGCUCACAGGGACUAUGAAUUUGGCUAAAGGAACUGUGCAGACGGGCCUGGACACCAGCAAGUCUGUGCUCAUGGGCACCAAGGACACGGUGACCACAGGGCUCACUGGGGCUGUGAAUGUGGUUAAGGGGGUUGCCCAGGGAGGCCUGGACACCAGCAAAUCUGUUCUGAUGGGCCCAAAGAACACUGUUUGUGCUGGAGCCCCAGGAGCCAUUAAUGUGGUCAAAGGGGCUGCCCAAGGAGGCCUGGAUACUUCAAAUUCUGCAUUCCCAGGCACAAAGUCUGCAAUGUUAGCUGGCUUCGCAGGCGCAAUGGACAUGGCCAGGGGUACGGCGCAGACAGGCCUGCACCCCAGCAAGCAUAUACUUACAGGCACGGAGGACAUGGUCUGUGCUGGGGUUACCAGCAUCAUGGACACGGCUAAAGAUAGUCAGAAGAACAUGGACACCACCAGAGACAGACUGUCCACCAUGCUGGCUCAUUCAGCUAUCAGGUCUAUGGAAGAGUGUGGUCAUCCUGCUGCCACACACUUUGCUACACUUCCUGAUGAGUUGAAAGGCCUGGGUGAUUUCUUCCAGCCCAUGACAGCUGAGGAACAAGCUCAGCUGGCAGCCUCAGAGUCAGGGUCCCGAGUACUCUCUGCCAACCGGGGAAGCUACUACAUCUGCCUGGGUGAUCUGGCCCCGAGCUUCCGCCAGCGGGCUUUUGAACAUGCCCUGAGCCACAUACAGCACAACCAAUUCCAAGCCAGGGCCGCACUGGCCCAGCUCCAGGAGGCCUUCCAGAUGCAGAUACCCACGGAAUUUGGAAAAGACAGAGACAUUGUGGGAUGCAAGGUGGCAGAUUCCUGGGGAAAGAGCAUGAUGCGGGCUUCCGUGGCUCAGGACAGGUUGUGCGCCCUUGUCCAUCAGCUCCACGCAGCUUACAGCAGCCUGGCAACCAGCCUGCAGGGCCUGCCAGAGGUGCAGCAACAGGCAGGGCAGGCACGGCACAGCCUCUGCAAGUUGUAUGGCCUUGUGACUUCGGAGGCAGGCAGUGAGCUGCAGACAGAACAGCUGGCCCAGAGCAGUGCUGGUGUUGUGCAGGCCUGGCAGGGCCUGGAGGUAUUGCUAGAUAAGCUGCAGCAAAACCCUCCACUUGACUGGCUGGUUGGACCCUUUACCUUGAUGCCUUGUGGCCAGCUGCAGGCACCUGAGGGCUGGGUGGGUGGGGUGCCUAGGGACCAUGCUAUGACCACAGAUGACUGUACUUCCCCAAAGCUCUGGAUUGAGCAGGACCAGAGGGUCCUCAGAAAGUGAAUUUGAAACUAGUCAUGGCUCCUGCUGUUUCCAAGAAGCCAUGGUCCCUCUUCCAAACUAGCCACCAAGUCUGUUCAGAUACAGGCCACACAGACCCCCCACACUGGCAGAGUGAAGAAGCACCACCCAUCCCCACUGCCAUCCUUGGUGCUCUGAGCCUCUCUCCAGGGCCUAUAGCUCCCCCUAUGGGUAGUGCCACUCCAGCCCAGGCCCCACUCUGGGCAGCACAACCACAGAUCUUAGCUAAUAGCUAGGCACUAGACUUAGCUAAAUGCUAGGGCACAAGGCACUGCCUCACUGCCAGGUCAAGGCCACAGCACAGCCUUCCCUGAACCCCAGCAGUGCUAGUGACCCCAACCUUCCAGUUCCUUUAUCUGCACUCUUCGAAAAUAACAAUGUCCACAAGCUUCAGGGCAGGGCCAGCUGUGGCCAAGGAAUGCCAUGACAGAGACGGCAAGGAGCCUUUCCCUGUCCUGCUGUCAGCAUCGGGGUGACACUAUACUCGGUCACUGGCAAACACUGGGCUCAGAGCCUACAGCUGAGCCUCAUCACAUCAUGCCUGGUUAUCGGUGGCUAUUGAUGCAGGUGGAUACACUGGAAGGCAUGUACCCAACUCCUGAGCCCACUGGGAACACAGAAGAGCGGGGAAGCCCCUGCUCAAAACCACACAGUGAAGGAGGCUGGGAUGGUGCUGACUGCAACACUCCAGACCAGAGGCUGGGCUGCACCAGAGGCACUAUGCUGGUGCCACUUGGGGGUCCCUACACGGCUGGUGACCUCUCCUGUUGGGUGGUCCUUAGUGUCUGCUUCACUCAUGCUGGUAGAACAGGCUACUUACCGUAGGAAGCGCUCUCCCAUGAGGUGGCCAGCACCUAAGCCCUAUGUCAGGCACAGUGCCCUGGCCCUAGCCUUGUGUAUUUCACAUCAGGACACCGAGCCAAUAAAAGCUGUUUCUUUUUCAUUACAAAA